GAGUCGAGCUUGUCUGUGACGUGAACUGUGCGCUUUUCCUGCAAAGCGUUUGGCACGGAAAUGAUGACAUAUUCACUUCCCGUGGCGAAUUGAUGUGUGCAUUUUGAUAGCAUCAAGUAUUUUUUGAUUGUUUUCUUACGUCUCGUAAGGCUUUGAUGACCGUGUCCGCGUUGUUCGUGUAGCACUCUGCUCAGACCCUGCUGUCGUCUACAGUCUGCUGCUACCUUGCGGCACUUCAAAAAGGAUCUUAAGGAGUUGUAAUCUCUAAUGUCUUUAAUGUGGACAACUCUAUUUUCUUCUAUCCAAGAUUCAAUAGUGUUAAGGCACUACUCAUAUGCAUUACGAAAAGUUUUAAGACCAAUAUAAAUGUUGAAAAUUGGUUAAGUUUUUUAUUGGCUUUAGGUUACUUGUGAGAAAAUUCUUUUUGUAGCUUUAAGUAUCAUUUAAAUUACCAAACAUGUCAGCAGUAUUAGAUCAAACUCCAAAUAAGGCUGAGACAGCAGCAACCUUGUUUGCAUCAGCUGCUGAAAUCUCGCCUAAAAAUGCCCCUGAUUUUACUAGCAUUCGCUCAAAGAUGGCCUUGGUGAGCCCCACUGAGGAGCAGUUUGAUCUCCUUCAGAAAAAAUUAACACAGCGCCUGGAAGAAGGACGCGGAGAAACCAUUUUUGAUAUUGGUGUUGGAGAAGAUGGUGGUGAAAGUGGUUUCAAACCAGAUGAAUAUGAUGCAGCAGUGGCAACAUUGCAGUCCUUGGCUGCAACCUUAGAAUCUGACUGUGUUAUUUUGCGCCAACGCAAAGGGGAAGAGGGUAUGACUGGACAGUACCUAGUCAGACGAAGAGUUGAUCAGCAAGAUUUCUUGGAAAUAAGGGUUGCAGUUGUAGGAAAUGUAGAUGCAGGUAAAUCUACCCUACUUGGUGUAUUAACACAUGGGGAGCUUGAUAAUGGAAGAGGAACUGCAAGACAGAAACUGUUCCGACACAAACAUGAAAUGGAAUCCGGCAGGACAAGUUCAGUUGGAAAUGAUAUUCUGGGAUUUGAUAGUGUUGGUAAUGUUGUGAAUAAACCUGAGCAUGGUUCAUUAGACUGGGUGAAAAUAUGUGAAAGGUCUGCAAAAGUAAUAACAUUUAUUGAUUUGGCUGGGCAUGAACGCUAUCUCAAGACUACUGUAUUUGGCAUGACUGGUCAUGCCCCAGAUUUUGGCAUGUUGAUGGUUGGAGCUAAUGCUGGCAUUGUUGGUAUGACAAAAGAGCACUUGGGCUUAGCUUUAGCACUGAGUGUACCUGUUUUUGUGGUAGUUACUAAGAUUGAUAUGUGUCCACCUAAUGUCUUGCAAGACACACUGCGCCUUCUUGUUCGAAUUUUGAAGUCUCCAGGAUGCCGAAAAGUACCAGUGAUGGUUAAAACACCUGAUGAUGUUAUUGUUAGUGCGACAAACUUUGUUUCUGAGAGACUAUGCCCAAUAUUCCAAGUCUCUAAUGUCAGUGGAGAAAAUCUGGAUCUGUUGAAAAUGUUCCUAAAUUUGUUGACUACAAGAACAUACAGCAGAGAUGAUGAACCUGCAGAAUUCCAGAUUGAUGACACAUACUCUGUUCCUGGUGUUGGCACAGUUGUAUCGGGAACUGCACUUAAAGGUGUAAUUCGACUAAACGAUACCCUAAUGCUUGGCCCCGAUCCUUUGGGACAUUUCACUGCAAUCGCAGUGAAAAGCAUUCAUCGCAAACGAAUGGCUGUGCGAGAAGUUCGUGGUGGUCAAACAGCAUCUUUUGCUCUUAAAAAGAUUAAGCGAUCACAAAUUCGUAAAGGUAUGGUCAUGGUGUCCCCUGCUUUGAAUCCCCAAGCAUGCUGGGAGUUUGAAGGAGAAAUUUUAGUGUUGCAUCAUCCUACUACAAUCAGCAGCCGCUACCAAGCUAUGGUUCACUGCGGUUCUAUUCGUCAAACAGCCAGCAUUCUGACAAUGUCAGAGGAAUGCCUGAGAACAGGAGACAAAGCACUUGUUCAUUUCAGAUUCAUUAAACAUCCUGAGUACCUCAAAGCAGGACAGCGUAUGGUAUUCCGAGAAGGACGCACCAAAGCUGUGGGCAAUGUUUUGAGAUUAAUUCCCUCUGCUGGUCCAGCAAACCAAACUAACCGAUCAAAGCCCAACAAAAUGAUGUCCCGUCAAUCCACUCAGGGCCAGGGUCAAGGCCAAAGCCAAAACCAAAACCAGCAACCAACAGAUCAGACCACUCCGGACGAGGCUCCGGACACGCCGCUCGAGCCGAGCCUCGACAAGCGUGAGAACAUGGGACAGCGCUCUGGCAAGAAAAGUCGGGGGCGACGAGGCGGACGCGGGCGCAACGGAGGGGCGGCCAAACCUCUGACGGAGCAGAACUCCGUCGCUGCCCCGCCGCCUCGUCCUGCUCCUGCGGUGACUAAAGCCUGAAAUGCCAUGCUCAAACAGAAAGUUUCUGUUAUUUCUUUUUUUCCGUUGUAAUUUUUAUUCUAUCUUCUAAUUUUGUCUUUUCUUGUAGUAUCUUUCUCUUUCUCUCGUAGAAGUGGUUGAUGUAAAUUAUAAUUUCCACUUUGUUUGUCGUGCA